GGCCUUGAGAGCAACGUGCUGAGGUUUAUGGGGAAGAUGGUGACUGAAAAUCCCAUCGACAGAGAUAGACUCUUCAUAAUCUCCUUCUACCUCAGUGACGACACCAUCUGUGUGUUCGAACCACCUCAGAGGAACACCGGUGUGUUGGCGGGUAAGUUCCUUGAGCGUGGCAGAGUGAAGAAGCCUGGUCAGAAGCUGUUUAAGAGUGAGAUAUCCCAGUAUUUCAGUGCCCAGGACCUGUAUGUAGGAGCCAGGAUCAACCUCAACAACCAGGGCUUCCAGCUGAUCGAUGCUGAUGAGUACGCCUUCAACUACAUGGAGCAACACGCUGAGGAGUUCCCCAGGGCUAACAUGGGCUCCAUCAUCAGUAAGAUCCGCUCCAUCCCUGAGGACAAACAGAAUGAGAUUAAACAGUUCCUCACCCUCAGUGACCCUGGAAACACUGGACUGAUSCCCUACGAACCCUUCAG